ACAUAUUGUUCCACCUCUUUUACAUCUAUCAUUCUCAGUCUCACCCCAAGGAUUUUUAAAAAGGAAAGGGUUUGCUUUCCAAGGAAGGUGUCUGGCACAUUCUGGAGCUGGAAGCACCAUGAUUAUGGCACUCUCCUCCCUAACCCCAGUCUUUGUGGCAAUUAUCUGUGUCUUGAUUGGAAUAAUAGUCAAAGGCAACAGGACGAGCAAUAAGAAAGAGCCAAGGAAAACAAGCAAGAAGGCAGAGUCUCGCCCAUGGGUGGAUGAUGAUUUAAAAGACAACACAGAUCUUCACCCUGUAGAAGAAGAUGAUGGUGAUUGGCAAGGAUUAGAUGACAACAUUGCUCACAUCCCCUUUUCAACUGAGCGCUACUCUGAAGAGGACAUGGUUAAGAGGUCAAACGAUUUUUAUGAACUUCUCAAUAAGAGACGAUCUGUCAGGUUUAUAAGUGAUGAGCCAGUUCCAAGGGAGGUCAUAGACAAUGUCAUUAAAGCAGCAGGAACCUCUCCCAGUGGAGCGCAUACUGAACCUUGGACCUUUGUAGUAGUUCAAGAUAUAGAAACAAAGCAUAAGAUCCGGGAGAUAAUUGAAGAAGAGGAAGAAAUAAACUACAAGAAAAGAAUGGGAGACAAAUGGGUUAAUGACUUGAAAAGACUGAGGACAAACUGGAUCAAAGAAUAUUUGGACACAGCUCCCUACCUGCUCCUUAUUUUCAAGCAGGUAUAUGGAAUACUUCCAGAUGGAAAAAAGAAAACUCACUACUACAAUGAGAUCAGUGUUUCUAUUGCUUGUGGCAUUCUCCUCGCUGCACUCCAGAAUGUGGGUCUGGUGACAGUCACCUCUACUCCCCUAAACUGUGGUCCCCGCCUCAGAGUUUUGCUUGGACGUCCAGCAAAUGAAAAGUUACUUAUGCUGCUGCCUGUUGGGUACCCUAGUAAAGAUGCCACUGUGCCAGAUUUGGCACGGAAGCCAUUGGAUGACAUUAUGGUGGUUAUAUAAACAGGGACCUAUUGGGAAGAGACCCUUAAAAUGUAUUACUCUUAAAAGUGUAUUCUCUGAGAUGCUCAUUUUCUUUGAACAUUUUCACAGAACCUAUUCAAAUGUGCUAUAGCUAGACAUGCUUUAGCUAGACAUCCUUCAGCUCAUGCUUAUCUAUAUCAGACAGAGAAUUGCAUGUGUGCAUUGAAUGUACCCAGAAACCUAGUUACAUGUCACUGGCUCAGUUCCAGACUUGGGAAAGUUAUUUUGCUCUUCAGCUCCCAGCAAUCCCCAUGUAGCAUAGCCAAUAACCCUGCUAUCUGGGAAACUUCUAGCAACUGAAGUCCAAAAAAUUAAUUUUUUAUGUCAAAGUUUAGUCAAGGCUAAAGGCAAACCUUUAGAGGAGGCUUUAGCAUCCCUGCAUUAGUGCUUGACCUAUACACCCUUCAGAAACACUGUUUAGUGUGUAUCUCCAGCUGUUUAUAUUCUGACACCUUCAAAGCACAGAUAAUGACAACAGGUACAUUUGUUAAUAACAGUAACCAAUCAGAAUAAAGUAAACUUGACUGGAGCAGAUAUUGAUUAAUAGGAUUGCUUAUUUCAAGGGCAAGCAUGCAGUGACAUUUAUAUGGCUUUCAUCACUUUAAUUUCCACACUCUCUGAUCUGGAUAACCCUUUCUUAAUAUUUUGGUUAUUUUGAUUUGAAUCACAUGUAUGUGGUAGUACAGUCAGUUUCCUGUUAUCCAUGGUGCUCUCUCUGAAUAUAAAUAUUGUUUUAUAUUUACUUGGUGAAUCACCAUCUCAGCCUUAAGUCCUGAUUAGGAACAAAAUAUUUACAGUUUUUAAGCAUCACUGUGUGGUUUCAUAGGCUGUAAAAAUGUAGUAGGGAAAUAUAGGCCUUUUCCUCUCAAGUGAAUAACCAUUAGAAAAGCAUAAUACUUUCCAGCUGUCCUGAUUUGCCAGGGACUAUCCUGGCACUUUUAUCAACUGCUUUUAAAAUAGUUCAGUUUCUUUCUCCUCCUCCCAUUUUCUCCCUUUCUCCUCAGCCUAUUUCAUUUGCUGCUGAGUUCAAAGUGUAAAAGUAGUUUGCACCCCAAGACUGCAGGAAUAGUAUAAGGAAAGCUAAAGCUCAAAAUAAGCUGAGACUGGCUAGGCAAGGAAAGAGCAUCAAAAAGGGAGUUUUCAGAUAUAUUUGAGGCAAAAGAAUGAACAAGGAGACACCGGGGUCACUAUUCAACAAGGAUGGCAGAAUGCUAACAGAUCUCAUUGAAAAGGCAGAACUAUUCAAUACCUAUUUUGCUUCAACCCCUCCCCCACAAAAGAGAGAGAGAGAGAGAGAGAACGAACUAUGUACUGCCAUGCAGCAACAGAGACCUUGGCAAUUACAAAUUAAAACUGAUAGGGAGUAUGUCAGGAAUCACCUAGCUAACAUAAAUGAGUUCAAAUAUGCUGGGCCAGAUGAACUGCAUCUCAAAGUACUGAAGCAACUUGCUGAUGUACUCUGAUCCGCCUGCCAUCAUUUCUGAGAAAUCUUGGGAAACAGAUAAAGUGCCAAUAACUGGAGAAAGGAAACCAUUGUUUAUCUCUUCAAAAAGAGCAGACAAGAAGAUCAGGAAACUAUAGACCAGUCACCCUAACCUCAGUACCAGGAAAAAUAUUAGAACAGAUUAUACAGGUGUCUGUCUGCAAUUAUCUUGAUAACAAUACAGUGAUUGGGAGAAGCCAGCAUGGGUUUGGCUUCCAAUUUGGAAAAAUGGCCACAGAAGUGACUUACAGGACCUGAAUUCAACACUGGACGCAAUGGGAAGCCAUUUUGAGGGGAAAGUCAGUGUGAUAAAAUCAGUAUAACUUUUGAAUUUGGCUCAAGUCGGGUAUCAGAUGCAGUGCAAUAAAGUCCUUAGUCUGCGUUAAUGGAAUCACAUGAGUCUCCAGGUUGAGGAAAUAAUAGUCUCCCUAUAUUCAGCAUUGGUCAGGCCUCAACUGGAGUACUGUAUUUAGUUCUGGGUGCCUCAUUUUAAGGAUAUAGACAAGUUAGAGCAGGUUCAGAAAAGGAUAACAUGGAUUACAAGAAUUAAAGCAAAGAAAACAAAGGAGGGAAGGUUGAAGGAGCUGAGCCUGUUCAGACCCUUGCUCUUCCUGGCUUGUUAAACAGGCCUGAGGAGGGCUGGUGGAGUGGGUACGGGAAGUGAUUAAUGCUUCUUUACAACAAGGCAAGGUCCCAACACACUUAAAGGAGGCUGUGCUAAGACCUCUUUUGAAAAAGCUUUCCCUGGAUCCUACUGUACUACAGACAAGUCUCCAACCUUCCAUUUCUGGGAAAGGUGCUGGAUCGUGUGGUGGCUUCCCAACUCCAGAUGUUCCUGGAUGGGACAAAUUAUCUAGUUUCAUGUCAGUUUGGUUUUAGGCCUAGUUCUGGGGCAGAAACAGCUUUGGUCACCUUGGUGGAUGACCUACACAGAGAAGUGAACAGCGGGAGUGUGUCCCUCUUGGUUUUGCUGGACCUCUCAGUGGCUUUCGAUACCAUUGACCAUGGUAUCCUUCUGAGUCACCUCUCUGGGAUGGGGCUUGGAGGUACUUUUCUACAGUGGUCCCAUUCUUUCUUGGAGGGCUGCUCUCAGAGGGUGGUGCUGGGCGAUUCCUGUUCAACUCCUUGGCCAUUGGCCUGUGGGGUCCCUCAGGGCUCAGUUCUGUCCCCUAUGCUAUUUAAAAUCUACAUGAAACCACUGAGAGAAGUUGUCCAGGGUACUAGAGUAAAGUGUCACCUGUACACUGAUGAUACCCAGCUCCAUCACUCUUUCUACCUAAAGCUGUUCAUGUCUGGCUGCUGUAAUGGAUUGGGUGAGGGCUAAUAAAUCGAAGCUUAAUCAAGACAAGACGGGGUACUCCUGGUCAGUCAAAAGACAGAUCUGGGAAUAGGGAUUCAUCCUGUGUUAGAUGGGGUUACAUUUCCCCUGAAAACUCAGGUUCAUAGCUUGGGGGUAGUUCUGGAUUCCGUGCUGAGCCUGGAAGUCCAAAUAUCAGCGGUGGCCAGGAGUGUUUUUGCACAGCUAAAACUUGUGCACCAACAGUACACAAGAGAAGUCAGAUCUGGCCAUGGUGGUACGUGUCUUGCUUACAUCCCAUUGGAUUACUGCAAUGUGCUCUAUGUGGGGUUGCCUUUGAAAAGUGCUCAGAAACUUCACCUGCCCCCUAAGAGUUGCAGCCAGGCUGUUAACUGGAGCUAGCUACAGGGAGCAUACAAUUCCCUUGUUGCGACAGCUCCAUUUACUGCCAGUCUGUUUCUGAGCACAAUUGAAAGUGCUGGUCUUGACCUAUAAAACCCUAUACAGCUUGGGUCCAGGUUAUUUAAAGGGCCAUAGCUCCUGGAUGAGCCCACUAGAGUAUUGAGAUAAUUUGUAGAGGACCUUCUCUCUGUCCCACUAGCCUCUCAGGUCCAUUUGGCAGGAAUAAGGAAGAGGGCCUUCUUGGUGGCUUCUCCCAAGCUCUGGAACUCCCUUCCUACAGAAGCCAGGAUGGCUCCAUCUUUGUUUUAUUUUCGAGAACAGAUAAAAACAUUUUUAUGUUGCCAGGGUUUCACAUAUUGACCUGGGUGCUGUUUUGUUUUUGUUUUAAACAGUUUUAAAUUUUAAAUUUCAAUAAUGUAAUGUUAAUCAUUUGAAUUGUUUAAUUGUUUUUUAAAACUUUGUAUUUUUAAUGUUUCAUACUGUUUUAACUUAGAUUGUUUUAAAUUUUGUUAGCCAUCUUGAGUCCUUGUACAAGGAGGAAGGUGGGAUAAUAAUAAUAAUAAUAAUAAUAAUAAUAAUAAUAAUAAUAAUACUUUCAGAUUAUAGAUUAUAUGCCCCAAAAGACCGUGGAUGGGAUUCAGACUUACAGUGUGUCUGCAAGAAGAACAUGCUUUCCUGACAACAAAGCCCUCUUCUGCUAGAUAAUCUUAAGAGUUAUACUGACAGAAUGAUAUGCCAAAAUGUUCUGUUUUGCUGACUAAGUUCUGCUGGUAGAAGAGCCCACAUUAUAGGAGGGAUGAGAUGGAGAAGGAACUGAGUUGUGUCACAUUUAAACCCUUUCCAGCCCAGGGACAGCCAGAAUGCCAGCACAAAGUUAGUGCAGAACAAGGGUAGAUCUGUGUACUUUCCAGCAUCCUUAGGCUCAGAGGAGUUUGGAUUCAGGUGUCUUCAGCUGGCCUGGUGGCGAGCUCACUGGUCUUUGGCCUUCUUUGCCACUUAGGAUGGUUCUUUAUCAAUGGGAGUUUAAUCAGUGGGUCUUAAUAGGUCUGCUCUAAAUAUAACUGCCUGGAUCCCAACCUAACACAUACAGUGAAGUAAACACAAAUACAAUUUAUUGACUAAACUAUUAAAGCAGUAGAACAGAAGGGCAUACAAUAACAGAGCUAAUUUUAAAAUAUAUUACCACACCAUUUUUCAAAACACCUGCCAGUUGCUUUCUCAGGCCUGGAUUACAAAUGGUUAUCUGAUCAAUUUCUUGUAGGAGAGCAGCUGCUGGGGGCAGGUGCCAAAUGGCUGCCCCCAAACACUUCAUGAAAGAAACAUGUUUUGUUUUUUUUAUCAAUUAUCAAAGCCUGGCAUGGUGGCAAUGGGCUUACAUUAAUUAAUUUAAAUAUAGUCCCAAUCCCCACCC